UACGCUUCCUCCCCUGGACCACUUCCAUGGUCUGAUCAAGAGACUUUGGAUCUCUUCUGUGUACUGCUGCUCAUCAUCAGUUAUGGCAUUCUCAGAGCUCUAUACCUCGCUAGUCUAUCUUGUGAAGAGCAAGGCAUCUCGAGAUAUGUUAAAGCCUCCACCAGGUCAUCAUAGGCAUACCCCUCUUCCAGCUCCUGCACUAGCUGCUGCGCUUAAUAUCUUCCAUCAACUGGUUAGUAAGGCCUGCCUCUUCUCUUCAUCAUUUCUCUGCUUGCUCACCAUGCAAUUCUUGAAGUAUGCUUUGAAGUCUAACCACAGUGUGUUCCCAUCAAACAAUGGGGUUGGUUUAAUCUUGGUUUUCCUUCCAAAUUGUGCUGACUCUAGAGCCAUCUCAUACAUGCCCAAUGCUUUCUCAGCAAAUUUAGCCUUUAUAGCCUGUCCUUGAUUGUCAUCUGAGCGCUGUACUAUUACUCUCGCAUCUUUAUAACAUUUGACCUCAGAGUUCCCAAACCUUUAAGACAUCAUUUGGGAUUCAGUUUAAUUCAAUUCUCUCUUACAGUGAGUCACAGGAUCUCCUCUCAUACCAGGAAUGUCUGUUGAAUAUAUAAGCAAAAAUGCCAAAACUUUAAGGAAACCCAACAAGAAA